AUGUUUGGACUCUCAUAUUGGUUCCUCCCGCUCUUUGCAGGAUGCGUUUGGCUAGGCACACUCCUCGCCAUGCUAGGGCGCUGGGUCGCGAUCGGUAGUCCUCAUUACAGCUCUUUCAACACGGAUCAACACAUAGCAUACAUCAGUGACAUUGGUGCGAGGAAUUGGGGCAAGCCGUUGUUUAUCGCGGGCAGUGCGGUUGCGGUGGUGGUGUUUGAUGUGGCAUUCGUUGCCGAGAGGUGGUUGAGGCAUACGGGGAGGUUGACGCAGAAUUACAACAGGACUGAGCAGAUCUUGUCGAUAUUCGCGACAAUCUUCGCCAUAGUCGGAGCCGCCGGCCUGAUCCUCCUCACAAUCUUCGACACAGUCCGCUACCCGCACGUCCACGACGCCAUGCUCGUCGUCUUCAUCGGCGGCUAUAUCAUCUCCGCCAUCUUCAUCUGCGCCGAAUACCAACGCCUCGGAAUCCACUACCGCGAAUACUCCAUCCUCGCCUACUCCUUCUGGAUCAAGCUCGCCUUCAUCUUCGUCGAGCUGGCCCUUGCCAUUGCAUUCGGCGUAAUGGGCAACCAGGGACACUACAACCGCGCAGCAGUAUUGGAGUGGACGAUAAGCUUGAUCUACAUCUUCUACAUCUGGAGCUUUAUUAUUGAUUUCCUGCCGGCUGUGAAGACGAGACAUAAGCACAACCGAUUCCCUGCGCCGUUGAGGAAGCAGGAUGAUGAGAUGGCGAUGAAUACGGAGGCGCAGGGCAAUAUGAUGGGAGGACCGGUGUACACUUCGGGUGGACAAACCCAGGAUGAAGGCGUCAAUGGCAAUAUGCAACAGCCGGUGCGAGAAGGGCAAGACCUCUACCCUGCGAGGCUGAAUGGUGGUGCGUCGCAAAACUUCUGA